AGUAGAGCCAGAGCAGUGCACACAACUGACUUGAGUUUUUAGUAGAAGAAAAUUUAUAAAGUGAACAAACAACAGCUAAACGGCAGUGUACAAAAUAUAACCACGAGUCGAUAUAUCGACGAGGCCCACAAUUAAAAACGCAAAUUUGGCGACAUUUUCGUACGGGUUACUCUGAGGCAGGCAACAAGUAGAACACUUUUUUUUUGAAGUCUACGUAAAUCAUACAAAAUCCAGAGCAAAGAUGAGCGGCGAGCGUCCGAAGCGUCCAUUGUCAGCGUACAUGCUGUGGCUGAACGAGAACCGCGAACAGAUCAAAAAGGAAAAUCCCGGCAGCAAGGUCACAGAUAUAGCCAAGCGAGGCGGCGAGCUGUGGCGCGGCUUGAAAGACAAAACUGAAUGGGAACAGAAAGCCAUCAAAAUGAAGGAGGAUUACAAUAAGGCGGUAAAGGAGUAUGAGGCAAAUGGCGGCACCGAUUCCGGUGCGCCCAAGAAGCGAAAGAAGAUGGCCGCCAAGCCCGCCAAGAAGGCCAAGAAGAAAGAGUCCUCCGAGGAGGACGAUGACGACGAGAGCGAGUAAAUACACACUGGCCGCGUUCGCAUCAGUUUUAAAAUACAUUUUACUAAUGUAAUUUUUUAAGUGACAUAAAACAAAUGAAAACAAAUUAAGAAAACAGAAAAAAAAACUAAAAAAAAAAAACAAAACAAACAAAAAAACAAAACCUUAAACCUUUAAAUAUGCACUUAAACAAACAAAAAACAAACAACAACAACAAAAACACACCAAGAACCCUAAUAUAAGUUAAAAAUAUAAUUUUCAGUCAAACACAAACAAAAAACAACAAAAAAAAACAUAAAAACAAAAAACUAGCAACUGUUUCUUUAUAGGUUUAUACGCAUGUAUGUAUGUAUGUAUCAACAGCAACUAUUUCAUUCGAAUGCGUUUCUCAAAUUCCUCAUACGCCAGGUCGGCCUGGCCACACAUCGUUGCAUCUGUAAAUUGAGGUUUAUUAUUUCUUAUUUUUACAUUUUUAUUUUAUUUUCAUUUGAUUUUUUUUUUCGUUCUUUCACGGCAUCUAAUGUAAAUGUUUAUGCAUAGCGUUCCACAGUUUUGUAGGAGAGGCGCUGGGUAAAAUCAUCUCAUGAUGCGCAGACUCCAGAGAAUUAAUCGAUUCGCCGUUGUUUGCGUCCAGCGCUAUCCUUAUUCGUCCUUUUAGCAGACGUUCUCACUUUAAUUACAUACAAUUAAUACAAGUUUAAAAACCACAAUCCAACAAGUUAUAUAUACAUUUUAAUAUAUACAUAAGUAUAUAUAUGUAAUUUAAAAGAUAAAAAAAAAACAAA